AUGGUCUCUGGUAAUGAUGACAAUUCGGGAACCACACAAACCAAUGCAUGGCGUACUAUUCAAAAGGCAGCCAGUAAGGCUAUGGCUGGUUCUACUGUCUACAUUGGUCCUGGAACAUACUAUGAAACUGUUACAAUACUCGUCCAAGGAAAUCUCUUCAAUAGAUCAAUCACAUUUACUAGUUUAAUGCCAGAUAACCCAGCGAUUAUCUCAGGUGAAAAUGCUGCAGUUGCAUCACCCGAUGAGCUUCGCAAUUUACGUAUACAUCAUAUACUUGGCGGAGGAAAGACAGGUGGAGCGAUGGCAAUUACUGUUUAUAACAAAAAUCAAGAGACGAGUCUCAGUAAACUAAUCAUCGAUAAUUGUACAUUACAUGAUUGUGAACCAGCUUGGAGCGAGGCUUUAACUCUUAAUGGUAAUAUUGAAUUGUUUCAAGUGACUAACAAUCGCGUCUACAAUAUGAAUAAUAUUGGCAUCGAUUUUAUAGGUGGAGAAAGUAACAUGGGAGCUCUUGGGGCUCGUUCUGGUCAAUGUUAUUAUAAUACAGUAUGGAACAUUCAUUCUUCAUAUGAUUCUAGUGCAGCUGAAAUCGGUGCUGAAAAUCAAGGUCGAAUAGCGUCAGGAAUGGUUGUUCAUGAAAACUACAUUCAUGAUAAUGACAAAGCCGGUCUUCUCUUUGGUGGAUAUGAUUCCGAACGAGGACGUGUCAUCAAUAGUACAUUCCAAAAUAAUCGACUGGAAAAUAACGAUGUCAAAAAUACUGGAGCUGGAGAAAUUGUCGUUUCUUUUGCAUCCAAUAAUUUCGUCUAUUCCAAUGCAAUCAAACCGAACACAAAAAAUAUUAUUCUAACUGUAGAUCAGAUAGGUAGUUUGGAUAAUGUAUUCAAUCGACAAUCGUAUUAUCCGAACGGACCGAAUGCAAACGAAAGCAAUCUAAUUUUUAAUUGGGGUAAUCAACAAUAUCGUGGACUGAGUGCGUUUCAAAAUGCAACCCAACAAGAAUUACAAGCUUCUGUUCUCUCGUCAAAGGCUGGAUCAGUAUGA